AUGAGUUCCGCCACAAAAGCAAUUUACAUUCCAAUAUAUGUAGCAUCAGAGGAGGAAAGCGCCCACAACAACUUGAUGAUGAUCAUUGCCACCUUGACCUGGGUGCUGCUCAGCAUUAUAACUCUGUUCAUUUACUGCUGCAACUAUUGGCAGGUGCUCAGGUCGAGGCCGCGUCGCCACCAGAGAGAGUCGGAAUCUGAAGUCCAACAAAACACCCUGCUCUCAUUGGAUAAUUAGCAGGGCCCUAAAGAGAAGCAAUCGACCAUGAUUAGAAGAGCCACGGGCGAAGGAUUAUUGCCAAAAGGGGGAAAACCACAAUAAAGGAAGCGAGAAGCAGUGCAACAGCUGUCGGCGAUCAUCUUUUGGGCACCGGCCAUAUGGCCGUGCGCAGCAGCAGCUUCCAUUUUCAUUUUCCAUUUCCGUUUCCGUUAAGUUAA